GGAGAACAAAGGGAAAAAAGUGAUAAUCAUGGACAGAGAGGAUAAAAGGAGGGAAUGUAAUGACAUCAUACCAGUACUUGUGACAUCAUCAUAGGGAUAGCACCUCUAUUGCACACUCGUCCAGCUAUUGAACAGAGGACAAGAUUUUCAGAAAUCAACCAUGACUGCCUUAUCUUAUGUGGAAUUAUUUUACCUCAGCAAGCAACUGGGGAGGGAAAGAGAUGAAUUGUCUCGAAAAGUCACGGAUUAUGAACGAGAUAUUCGGGUUUUGACAGAGAAACACGCGGCAGAAAAAUUGAAAUUUAAGGAGACGUAUGAGAAGGAUCUUAAACAAAAAGAUGUUGAUAAGAACACUAAAAUUAAAAAAGCAAAUGAAGAGAUUGCUCGUUUGAAAAACAAGAUCUCACAACAAGAGGAGUCUAUUAAAAAACUCAAACAGGAGAAUAAAUCUCUUAAAAUAUGUGACAAAAAACUGAACAAAAUGACUCUUGAUGAAGAGACCCUAAAAGAUAGAAUUACGACCAUCAAGGAAAAUAACGAAAAGCUCAAAGCAAAAAAUUUGAAGUUAGCUCAAGAGAUUCUCGCACUUCAUAAACAGAGAGACCUUCAGAAAGAAGAAGAUUCUUUACAUGUUAAAGAGAAGAUGAUAGAGAAACUCCAGCUUGAUCUGGAAACCUGUAAGUUGUCGAACCAAUCAUUUGAGAAUGAUUUAUUGGAUGCAAAGAAAGAAAUCAACAGACUGCAAAAGCAGAUUAAAGAUACAGAAGCACAGGAAACCAUAGCCUACAAGGAGAAAGUCGUAGCCUUACAAAACCAGACAGAGAAAUGUGAGGCUUUGAUUGAUGAGCUGUGGCAAGCCAAGCGGGACUUAAAAAGAGCCAGGGAUGAGCGUGAAAAUGCAUGUAAAACCAUGGAGCAACUACGAGAGGAAAUGGAAGAAAUAAAUAGAGAAAAAGAAAGUAUGUUUGUGGAUAUUUAUCACAAACAACUGAAGAUAGAUGGCUUGGGAAAGAAAUUAGAUGGCAUCAAGGCAAAUUUGAAAGUAGAAAAGGAGACUAACAUUUUGUUGCGUGAGAAGUAUCUUAAGGAAAAAGAAAGCGUACCUCAGAAUGUAUACAAGAAUAAGGCGGAAUGCCCAUCAUCAGAUCUUAAUAUGUGGCAUUUGAAAGUACAAGAUGAAUUAAAUACUCCCAGUACGCCCAAAUUUUCUAAGCGGUUUGACUUUAGACCCAAAGACGUUGCACCUUUCCGAUACAACGGUAAUGUUGUUAAACUCCCCCCCAUAAACCAACCUGUUGGACACAAUGUGUACACAAAGAAACCCUUUAGGGGACCACAUCCUAAUCCAGAUCACUGUAACAUUUUCAACACGAGCGGCUCAAACUUCCUUUACAUUCGGCAGACAUAGUCAACUUAGAUCUUAUAUUCUAAUU